AUGGAUCCGAACACGACACCUCGCGCAGAGGAGCCCGACUCCAGGAACAGUCUUCGGCAUAUACUGGCCACGGAACCUUCAGUAGCCAUGGAAGAAUUAACACCUCCCGAUCCAGAGCCCUCGCUCCCACCCGAUGAUGAUGACGGUCAGGAUGAUCGCGCCCCAAAGUCUGCAACAUCGUCCAAGGGACCCGGGUCCGAAUUGCCCAUGUACACUGCGACCACGACCACGACGCGCCGGAACGCAAAUGGAAGCGUUUCAUCUGUCUACUCUGGCAACAAAAUACGACACUUGAAGAAGGAUGACGGCAUUCCCUUAUGGCGGAGGGAUAUUCAGUACGACUUCCUCCGCUACGUCUUCGAGGACCACCAGCAAGUAUUCCACAAGGUCUCAGAUGGAACAGGUGGCCACACUUUUGCGGACAUAUACCUAGAUGCGAUGGCAAAGAGCAGCAAGUGUUCCAAGAUCUUAAAGGAUAAACUCCUGACGGAGAGAGCUGCGGCUAUCAACAUGGCUAUGGUCUGUCUGCUGGUGAACGUUGGAAGGAUGAACACGACUCUGAACUUUUUCCCUGAGAUGCGAGCACAGCUUCGUACUUACCACUCGAUUCCAUCUCUCCAAGCGCACCAAGACCCAAAUGCAUACAAGCAGCUACAAGACGCCCCAAGGCUGAAGUCUAUACUCAAAGGAGCAACGGAGGACAUCGAACAACCUAGCACGAUCGAAGACAUCAAGAACCAUGCCGUACCCCGUACCAACCCGGUCAAUCUCAUAUUUGUGCUCGCGCAAUAUGCCCCCAAGAUUUCCGAGAUACAUUUCUAUCCUCCGCGCGAUUUCUUUGACUUGGUCAUGCGAAGCACCCUGAGCAGCAGAAGUCGCGCAACAGCGUUUUUGUGGCUCAUGUGGUGGUAUCUCGAGAGCGAUUUCUCAUCAGAGGCUGCGUUGAACAAUCCUUUUGGAUCUGGCCUGCCAGGGACCGAAGGUGAUGCUACUGGUGGCAUGCCGAUCAAAUGCCCAGCUUUCAAGCAUCUUACGGACGACGAAGUCGCGUUAGAGAAUGUUGACACGGACGAAGAGAAGAACUUCGGCGAUGUAAAGAGGAAGGAGAGAAUCGCGAUUCUUGCAAGUGACAUGGCCCCUGUCGUUACUGGACCCAAACGCACGGGCAAAAAAGCUUUCAAUCAGAACCCUGUCUUCUCGGUCCUCGCAGAUGACGGAGCUUCCACACCAGGUCGAGAUCAUCACUCUCCAUCUCAUGGUUCUUCGAAGGGUGGGCGCAAGCCAAUGUCGCACGCGAAGUCUCUCGCAUUGGACUAUGCGUCUGACACUGAUCGCACACGAUCUCCGUCUCCACACCAGAUGGCAAACUUCAUCUAUGGUGGCAUGACUGACAAGAAGAGCACUCCAAACAUGCGAAUUAACACCCUCCUAAACGAUGAGACUCCGUCGGUCUCUACUCCUCCAAAAGGCCCUGGCCGUGGCAACUGGUCUCGGAACCGCAACAACGGUACAGUGGGACGGAACGCUUUCAAAAACAAGCUAGAAGCAAGCCAGGACGGCACUUCUCCUUCUACCAACGGUCCCACCGUCUCCCUUCAUACUAGCGGUCCUCAUGGCUUCUAUCUUCCCCUUAACGGCUCAGAUCCCUCGCACAAGCGCUCUCGCCCGCUAACCCAACACCAACUCGCAGUCGAGCAAUUCCGACGUAAACGCGUUGAAGUGAUCCUCGACCGCGGUCUCCGCGAGCAGUACAAAGUCGCCAAGCGACGACGCGAAAAUAAAGGCGCAUUCUGGCUCGCAUGGCUGCGAUGCAAGCUCUUGCCAGACGGCUACGACACCGACGAGGACGAGAGUGACCAAGCUGCCCAUUACGGAGACUCAGAUAUCGGUGCCCAUGGCAAGCAUAUUCCGCUCGGCUUUGGUGGCCUACUACCCGUCCGCGACGCUGAGAAGGUCGACUGCGGCGAGGAAGCCUACAAUCGCGCAAAGAUUAUGAAUCGCGUUGCAAGGCGGCUGGAGCGCUGGGAGGGCGGCGUUGAGGCCGUCAAGCGGAAGAAGAAGAAUGGGGCCGAGCUCGUGUGGGUGGAUGCGGAAGGCGAUCGCGACGAGCGUGGCGAUAGUCAGAUGGAUUAUGACAACGGCGACGGCGAUGUCGACGAUCAGAUGGAUGAGGAUGAUCGGGAGAUGCUGGAGGCUGCUGGUGUGUACGAUAGCGAAGAUGAGCAGAUGGAUGACUAUGAUCGUGAGCUUGAGGCGGCGGAGCAAAGCUAA